UCCGUCCGCGGCGACGUUCGUUUUUUAUGGUUUUUGAUGAGAUUUUCGCGCGUGUGUUGCAUCGUCUGUAUCGUCUGCGUCGUCGGAAUCACGCGAUUCCGCAUUCCGGGAUUGCCGGGCGUUGAAUGUGUUUGUGAAUUGCGUUCGUGAACGCGAUUGCAGACUUCGCUCGUUGUAUCAGCUCGUGGCCGCACACAACUUCGAAAUGCGCCGCCAGCGAGAUGCGAGGUUAUGACGCUGCGCUCGAGGAUGUACCUUGUCGCACCUGUUCGCUUCUGGAUUAUCUCGUUAGCGGCGGAUGACUCUUACCGAUCUUGCGAAAGGAAGCACGCGGAAGAGGGAGGAAUGAGGAGAUUCACCCGGUGACCUCGUGCCGCGCACGGUAAUGCUACUGGCAAACGGUGCUUCUAUACCGACCAUCGCCGGCGCUGUCGAGGAGGAGGAGGAGUACGCACGCAGCGAGGCAAACAGCGUGCAUUACGAUGGAUACGUUACUGAUCACACCGAUCUGGCCUCGGAGGUCGAUAUCGACGAAUCCGAGUACAGACGGGAGUUGCUUAACGAUAAAUGGCGAAUGCUCUUCGACAAGUUCGAUCCGGAGGGUUUUGGAGAGAUACCGCUGGAGGACUUUCUGACAGCCUUGAGAAGCCCCGAAUGGAAGGCAGAAAUACCGACGAACAAACGUGACAUACUUCUAACCAGGGCGAAAGAAUCGCGUGUUGAAGCAGUUACUUUCCAGGACUUCGUCAAUGUGAUGAGUGGAAAACGGACUAGAAGUUUUAAGUGCGCCGUGCACCAUCGGGAUCGUGAGGUCUGUUCCGAGAACGAUUUUCACCUGCUCGUGCAUGAGCCACCUCUGUUUCGCAGGAUGGUCCGCAUGAUCGGCGAUGAAUUCCUCACGGAGGAGCGGGACCGAAAAUACUACGCCGAUCACUACACAUGCUGCCCACCACCUCUCUUCAUCAUCCUCAUCACCCUCGUAGAGCUUGGUUUCUUCACGUACUAUACAGUAGCGAUGGGUGAGGUGAAUCCCUCCGGGCCGGUGCCGAUCGACAGUGUCUUUAUUUACAGACCAGACAAGCGGCUCGAACUCUGGAGGUUUGCCUUCUACAUGUUCCUGCACGCUGGGUGGCUUCACCUGCUGUUUAACCUGGGGGUACAGGUGGUCGUGGGACUUCCCUUAGAAAUGGUUCAUGGAAGUCUGAGGAUCGCCGCGGUUUACAUGGCCGGGGUUCUUGCCGGUUCGCUGGGCACGUCGGUAUUCGACACGGACGUGUACCUCGUCGGGGCGAGCGGAGGCGUUUACGCCCUUCUAGCGGCGCAUCUAGCCAACGUCCUUCUCAACUACAACAAUAUGGAGUUUGGGAUAGUUCGGCUCAUCGGCAUCUUCGUCAUCGCCAGCGCCGACGUGGGCUUUGCGAUCUACGAUAGAUACGCCGCGGAACAGAUGGGUCCGCCAGUGUCGUACGUCGCCCACCUGACGGGCGCCCUGGCGGGCCUAACAAUCGGCCUCCUGGUACUGAAGAACUUCGAGCAGCGGCUGCACGAGCAGUUACUCUGGUGGGUUGCCUUGGGUGUCUAUGCCGCCUGCACAAUCUUCGCGAUCAUGUACAAUCUGAUGCACCCCGACUAUCCAUGACGCGAGGUCAGCUUCGCGUACGGCCAACCGAGGCACACGUAACGCGAAGCUGAUCGCCCUUGGAAGAAAAAGAAGAAGAAGAAACGAAGGAAAAGAUGGGAGAGACCGUCGUCGAGCAACGUCGACGGAGAUUUUCAAGUAUCCCGGACUCUCAAUAACACACUAGACCGUGAGCUAAAUCGUUCCCGAAGCACCAAAAGCAAAGGAUACGUAAGGAACGAGAGUUACGCGACGGAGUCGUCGACAGUUGUUCUCCUCGAAGAACGUGACUUCGAUCACUUUCCGUGCGAAAAGGAUCGCGUAAUAGUUUCGUAGUACAUAUAUUUUCUUCCAAGCCGGCCUGUUCGCGCGCGACAGUCAAGAGAAGCGACCGAGCGCUUGUCGAAAAUAAGCGAGAAA